UGCGGGGCUGCGGGGCUGCGGGGCGCGCGGCGUCGGUCGGCCGGGCGCUGCCGGCCUGGGCGGCGCAGCCGCCUGCUGGGUGGGAAACCCUGGGUGCGACCGGAGGGCAGAGCGGAGCAGCGGGGUGCUGGCAGGCAGGGACGGGGCGGUGGGCGAUUGUCCUGCGCUGCGCUGCUCCGCGCUGCUCUUGUCCGUCCGUCUGCAGCACUGCAUCCAGGUCUGGGCCCUUCGGUACAGGAAGGACAGGAGCUGUUGGAGGGGAUCCAGAGGAGCCACAGAGAUGAUCGGGGCUGCAGCACCUCCCUGCAAAGCCAGGCUGAGGGAGCUGGGCUCGUUCAGCACGGAGAAGAGAAGCUGCGGGGUGACCUCAGAGCAGCCUGCAGUGCCUGAAGGGAGCCUGCAGCCAGGAGGGGAGGCAGCUGUGUGCAAGGGGAGAUGGCAGCAGGACGAGGGGAAACGGCUGGGAGCUGAGGGAGGGCAGCUUGGGGUUGGGUGUCAGGGGAAGUUGUGUGCUGUGAGAGCGGGGAGGGGCUGAACAGCUGCAGAGAGGCUGCGAUGCCCCGUCCAUCCCUGGAGGGGUUGGAGGUUGGAUGGGGCCCUGGGCAGCCUGGUGUAGCCUUAGAUAUGGAGGUUGGUGGCCCUGCGUGUGGCGGGGGAUUGGAGCUUCGUGAUCCCUGCAUUCCCUUCCAACCCGGGCCGUUCCGUCAUUCUGUGAGCUCCCCGAGCCGGGCAGGCGGGCGCCGAGAGCGGAAGGCAGGCGGCGGUGCUGAGCUGUUGCUCCCCCGGCCGCUGGGUGCUGCAGGAGAGCAGCGCAGGGCUCGGUCCUGCGGGGCUCUGCGCGGCGCUGCGCUGAGGUUCGGGGGCGGGUUGGCCGCAGCCGGGGGCGCGGACGGCCCCGUGCUGCUUCGCUGUGCCCCGGGCUCCGGCCCGCCGUCCCCGCUCCGGGCACCGCGGCGUCGCUGGGGUUGGGAGGCUCCUAAUCCUGGCGUAGGCGGCUCGGGAGCCGUUGUCCGGUGUCCGGUGGGUGCCGGGCUGCCGUUGGGCCCCGCGGCGCCCGGCGGGGUGUUGAGGAAGCAGAAGUUUGCACAAGCCGGUGGGGCGCACGUGACCCGGGGAGCGAGGCGGGAGGAACCGGCAGCGCCCCGCGCAGCGCCUCGGGUCCCCGUGCUGCACGGCUGGCCAUGGCCCCCUGGCUGCCCACCAAGGAGAAGUAUGGCGUGGCCGUGUGGAACUUCCCCAGUGCCAACGAGCAUCACCUCCCACUGGAGAUCGGGGAGACGGUGCACAUCCUGCAGGCGUCCGAGGGCUGGUACCGCGGGUACUCGCUCAGGAACAGGGCUGCUCGGGGCAUCUUCCCGGCCUCGCUGAUCCGCCUGAAGGGCGCGGUGGUGGAGCGCAGGGGGGCGGAGGAGAGCGUGGUGCCCGCCGAGAUGCCCAUGGUGCAGGAGAUCACCACCACGCUGCGGGAGUGGGCCGCCAUCUGGAAGCAGCUCUAUGUGACGGGGCAGGUGGAGCGGUACUGCAGGGUGAAGCAGAUGAUGUACGAGCUGAUGGAGCAGCGCUCGCAGCUGCUCUCGGGUACGCUGCCCAAGGACGAGCUGCUGCAGCUCAAGAAGGAGGUGACCAGCAAGAUCGACUAUGGCAACAAGAUCCUGGCGCUGGACCUGGUGGUGCGGGACGAGGAUGAGAACAUCCUGGACCCCGACAGGACCAGCAUCAUCAGCCUGUUCCAGGCACACAGGAGGGCAGCGCAGACCGUCACGCAGCGCAUCCAGGAGGAGACGAGCUCGCAGCAGAGCCAGCCGGGCUGCAGCGCACGCCUGGCGGCUUCGCCCUCGCACAGCCUCUACCUCUGCGUGCGCAACUUCGUCUGCAAUAUCGGCGAGGAGGCGCAGCUUUUCAUGGCUCUGUACGACCCGGGAGAGCAGCGCAUGAUCAGCGAGAGCUACGUGAUCCACUGGGCCAGCACGGGCGUCCCGCGGGACAUCGAGCUGCUCAACAACCUCCGGGCCAUUUUCACGGACCUGGGCAGCAAGGACCUGAAGCGGGAGAGGCUUUUCCUGGUGUGUCAGAUCAUCCGGGUGGGCCGCAUGGACCUGCGUGAGACCCUCAGCCGCAAGCUCAGCACCGGGCUGCGGCGGCCCUUCGGCAUCUCGGUGAUGGACAUCACCGACAUCACCAAGGGGAAGUGCGAGAGUGACGAGGACAAACAGCACUUCAUUCCCGUGCACCUGGCGGCCGCCGAAAACGACUUCCUUCACAACAUGAUCAGGAAAGCAGUGGAGGGGAAGGACAUCAACCACAAAGGACAAGGGUUCUGGUUGUCCCUGAAGAUGCUGUGGGGAGACCUGAACCAGGUGCGCAAGGACCACCCGCACCUCGUGGACCGCAGCACGGUGGUGGCACGCAAGCUGGGCUUCCCGGAGGUCAUCAUGCCAGGGGACGUCCGGAACGACAUCUACCUGACGUUGGUGCAGGGAGAGUUCGACAAGGGGAGCAAGAAGACGCAGAAGAACGUGGAGGUGACGGUGUGCGUCUGCGACGAGUCGGGCAGCGUGGUGCAGAAUGUGAUUUACCACGGGGCGGGGGACCAGGCGGCCAGCCAGUACCGCUCUGUGGUGUACUACCAGCAGCGGCACCAGCGCUGGAUGGAGACGGUGAAGAUUGCAGUUCCCAUUGAGGACGUCCACAAGACCCACCUGCGCUUCACCUUCAGGCACCGCUCCUCCAGUGACACUAAAGACAAAAGCGAGAAGAUUUUCUCCAUGGCCUUUGUGAAGCUGAUGCGCCCUGAUGGCACCACGCUACGUGACGGGGAGCACGACCUCAUCCUGUACAAGGGGGACAGCAGGAAGCUGGAGGACGCGGGCUCGUACCUGGGGCUGCCCUCCACCAGGGGCCCCUCGGAGCCCUGGAUCCUCUCUGGGUCCUCUUUCCGCGUGGCUGGGAGCGUGGCAGGCCUGGCCGUGUCAGCCCGGGACAGCUUCCAGAUCUCAACGCUCGUCUGCUCCACAAAGCUGACCCAGAACGUGAAUUUGCUGGGGCUGCUGAAGUGGCGGGCCAAGCCCAGCCUGCUGGCGGGGAACCUGCAGAAGCUGAUGCAUGUGGAUGGAGGGGAGGUCAUCAAGUUCCUCCAGGACACGUUGGAUGCUUUGUUCUCCAUCAUGAUGGAGAAUGCGGACACUGACGUCUACGACACGCUCAUCUUUGAUGCCCUGGUGUUCAUCGUGGGGCUGGUCGCCGACAGGAAGUUCCAGCACUUCAAUGCCGUCCUGGAGGCGUACAUCCGCCAGCACUUCAGUGCCACGCUCGCCUACAAGAAGCUGAUCGGGGUGCUGACCCAGUACGUGGAGCAGGCGAGCCGCGGGGAGCCCUGCGAGCCCCUCCUGCGCACCUUCAAGGCCCUGGAGUACAUCUUCAAGUUCAUCGUCCGCUCCCGGCACCUCUUUGCCCAGCUCUACGAGGGGAAGGAGACGGCCGAGUUCCAGCGCUCGCUGCAGCGACUUUUCCAGACCCUGAACCAGCUGAUGAAAUCCCCUCUGGAGGGGCCCACGCUGCUCUCCCAGGGAGCAGCCCUCAAGUAUCUGCCUUCCAUCCUGGAGGACGUCUUUGGGAUCUUUGAUGCCUCUAUGCUGGGGCUCCUGCUGCGCGACUUCAUCGGCAACCUGCAGCCCCAGCGCCUGCUGAGGCAGAAGCUGCAGUCCCUGACUGACAUCGUCAACAGCAAAAUCUUCCAGUCCUACGAGUGCCGGGAUCUGCUGCUGCGCAUGGCCAUGCCCGUCCUGCAGGACCUGAUAGAGAGGGGCGAGGAGGAGGACGCCUGCGUUGAGCUGCUCAGCACCAUCCUGGAGGUGCUGUACGCGGCCCAGAAGAGAGCAGAGGAGGAGCGGCGCAGGGAGCGCGGCGACUCGGAGCUGGUGAAGGUGAAGAGGCACGUCCAGCUGAUCCUGGAGCGGCUGCUGCACACCGUGAACCGGAGGGUGAUCGUCCUGGAGAGGGACAACAGCCUCAGGAGUCACUACGUGGCGUGCAUGGCCGCCAUCCUGAGCCAGAUGGACGCAGACCAUUACCACUCCUACAUCCAGGCCUUCCCCUCCCGGCCCGAGCUGAUGGACUUCCUCAUGGAGACUUUCAUCCUCUUCAAGGACCUCAUUGGCAAGACGGUGUACCCCCCCGACUGGAUGGUGAUGAACAUGGUGCAGAACCGGGAGUUCCUGCGUGCCAUCAACCAGUUUGCCACCACCCUGACAGAGAAGUUCCUGAGCAGCAGCAGCUUCGAACUGCAGCUUUGGAACAACUAUUUCCACCUGGCCGUGGCUUUCCUCACCCAGGACUCCCUGCAGCUGGAGAACUUCUCGCAGGCCAAGCGCACCGCCAUCCUGGCCAAGUAUGGGGACAUGAGAGCCAAGAUUGGAGCAGCCAUCCGGGACAUGUGGUACAACCUAGGCCACCACAAGAUCGAGUUCAUCCCAGGCAUGGUGGGCCCCAUCCUGGAGAUGACCCUUGUGCCGGAGCUGGAGCUGCGCAAGUCCACCAUCCCCAUCUUCUUUGACAUGAUGCUCUGCGAGUACCAGCUGACCGCCAGCUUCAGCAGGUUUGAGGAUGAGAUCCUGCGCAAGCUAGACAGCGAGGUGGAGGGCGGCCGGGGCGACGAGCAGUACAAGCAGCUUUUUGAAAGCAUUCUGCUCAGCUGCUGCCAGGCGCACCCCGAGCUGUCCCAGCCUGGGGAGAGCUUCGUGGCGUUGGUGACGGGGCUGCUGGAGCGGCUCCUCGACUACCGGGCGGUGAUGAACGAUGAGAACAAAACCUACAGCAUGAGCUGCACCGUCAACCUCCUGAACUUCUACAAGGAGAUCGACCGCCAGGCCAUGUACAUCAGGUACCUGUACAAGCUGAAGGACCUGCACAUCAGCUAUGAGAACUACACAGAGGGUGCCUACACGCUGCUGCUGCACGCACGGCUCCUCAAGUGGUCCGACGAGGCAAACACAGCACCCAUGCAGGGCCUGCACAGCCCCAGCCUGCACACCCAGCGCCAGCUGAAGGAGGCUCUGUACAACCAGAUCAUCAACUACUUUGAUCAAGGCAAGAUGUGGGAGGAGGCCAUCCAUAUCUGCAAGGAGCUGGCAGAGCAGUACGAGAGUGAGAUCUUUGACUAUGAGAUGCUGAGCGAGAUCCUGCAGCGAGAAGCCAAAUUCUAUGAGAAGAUCCUGAAGGUGCUGCGUCCCAGCCCAGACUACUUCGCCGUCGGCUACUAUGGGCAAGGCUUCCCCACCUUCCUGAGGAACAAAGUCUUCAUCUACCGCGGCAAAGAGUACGAGCGCCGGGAGGACUUCGAGAUGCAGCUGCUCAGCCCCUUCCCCAACGCCGAGAAGCUGCAGACUACGUCCCCGCCCGGCCCCGACAUCACGGAGUCCCCGGGGCAGUACAUACAGUGCUUCACUGUGCAGCCGGUGGAGGAGUCCAGGAUCCGGCUCAGGGACCGCAGCAUCCCGGAGCAGAUCACCAAUUUCUACAAAGCCAAUCACGUCCAGAAGUUCAGCUACUCACGGCCCUUCAAGAAAGGCCCGAAGGAUCCAGACAAUGAAUUUGCAAACAUGUGGAUCGAGCGGACCACCUUCGUGACAGCCUACCCACUGCCCGGCAUCCUGCGCUGGUUUGCAGUGACCUCCACCACCACGACCACCAUCUCCCCCCUGGAGAACGCCAUAGAGACCAUGAUGAAAACAAAUGAGAAGAUUCUGAGUGAGAUCAACCGGCACCAGAACGACCCCGGCCUGCCCAUCAACCCGCUCUCCAUGCUGCUCAAUGGCAUCGUGGACCCCGCCGUCAUGGGCGGCUUCGCCAAGUACGAGACGGCUUUCUUCCAGGAGCCGUACCUGGAGGAGCACCCCGAGGACCGGGGCAACAUCGAGAGGCUGAAGGACCUGAUUGCCUGGCAGAUCCCACUGCUGUCAGAGGGAAUCCGGAUCCACGGACAGAAGGUGACGGAGGAUCUGCGGCCCUUCCACGAGCGCAUGGAGCAGUGCUUCGUGCAGCUGCGGGCCAAGGUGGAGAGCCAGUAUGGGGUGCGUGAGAUGAUCUCCUUCGAGGACCGGCGGAGUGGACGACCCCGGUCUGUGACCUGGGCACCAGACUGGGAGCGGCUGAGCCACGCCAGAGACAGGCGAGUGCAGCAAGGGAGGCACCUCAUCCCCACCCCCAGGAGCCACUCGUUCCCCUGCGCCCUGUGCAGUCCCCUCCCACCCGCCCCAUUCCGAUGCCCUCUGUUUCCCACUCUGGUGUUUUGCACCAAGCCCCGCUUCUGCAUCCAUUCUGCCAUCCGUCACGGCGGCCCCGUCCAGUGGGAGGACACGGAGCAGAGACACCCAGUGCAGCCGGCACUGCGCUCACCUGAACCACUCACACCUGUUCUGCGGGUCCCCGCUGAGCUUUGCCGUGGGCUCUGCCUGGCACAGCUCAGCUCCCCACCCCUCACCAGUCGCAGUUGCUCUGCAGCAUGGAGGCAUCCCCGAUCCCGAAGCCCAACCCACGGAGCGCCGAGGACGAGCGCAGGGAGAACCGCUCCAGCACGUUCUACUCCUACCGCCGGCCGGAGCCGCGCCAGUCCGCCUCGGAGCUGCCGGAGCCAAAGGCGGAGACGCUCCUGCAGCGUGAGUGAGAGCGGCCCGGGCAGCCCCGAUGGGAAGCAGCCGCCCCAGAGCCGCGACUCGGCGGGCGCUCAGCCCGGCCCCGCAGUGCUGUCCCCCACCGGGUUCUGCGGCCGCGUGAAGAGCGCCAGCAAAGCCCCCCCGCUGCCGCGCAGGAUCAGCCCCGCGGUGUACGAGACCUUCCUGGAGGGGAGCGAUGCUGCCAACGGGGGAAAGGCGCUGCCGUCGCUCGCAGAUGGGAGCAAAGGGCUGAAGUCGCCUCCGCCUCCGCCCCCGAAGUCUAAACGGCUGUCCCAGCUCUGAACCCAGGACGGGAACGGCGGGCAGCAGCUCGAGCGGCUCCCGGACAACCCCCCCUCUCCCGCCCCCUCAGCUGCUGCACAGCCGCGGACUCCCGAGCGCUCCGGAGCACCGCCGUUCCGCGAGCGUCGGCCGUCACCGCCCGCUGCCCCCCGCACUGCAGCGCUCCGGAUCGCAGCCCCCCGCCCGCCCGGCGCUGCGGCCCCCCGUGGCCGACAGGACCGUCGCCCUCACUGCCGGCGCAGUGUGACAGCGGUCCGCGCCUGCCCUGAGCCCUUUCCCCGCUCCUGCUCCCCCCUCCCCCAGUGCCUCCAUCCCGCAGCUGCUCCCGGCCCGAGCCCCGCACGGGAUUCGUCCGGGCUGUGAGCGCAUGCGGGCAGCGCAGCGCGUUGUGCGGUGUUCGCUCCCGCAUCUCUCCGGCUUCCCAGCCGCACCGCACCGCCCAAUAAAGGAGCCCCGCAGCAGCC